AUGCGUGUUGGUUCACUUAUUUUCCACAAAAUUGGUCAAUUAUUACCAGAACAACUCAAAGCUUUUACUACUUCAGAUUAUAUAUUCCCGAUUGGCUAUAAAGUAACACGUAUAUUUUGGUCAAUUUCUGAAAUUUAUGAAAAUGAAAAAAUGUUUUAUGAAUGUUUAAUAACUGAAAAUGAAGGAAAACCUAAUUUUAUUGUAACAAUAUUAUCAAACAAAAAGGAGGAAGAGAAAAAAUUUUUUGGAGAAGAGCCAACAAAAAGUUGGGAGGAAAUACAAGAAUUAAUUUGCAAAUUACGUGAAAAUACUAAAGGAAAAUAUUUACGUUUUUUUCCAAAACAAUUAAGUGGAGAAGUUUUAUUUGGAUUUACAGAACCGGCAAUUAGUAAAAUGCUUGAAUCGUUGCCUGGUAUUGACCAAAUUUAUACUUAUACUUUCAAACAUGGAGGAACUCCAUUAAUGGAUUUGCCUCUAGCAGAAAAUCCUUCUGGUUGUGCUCGUUGUGAACCAUGUUUUAGAACUUUGGUUAAACGGAAACACAAACCUAUUAUUAGCAAUUCACCAAAUAAAUUGGAUGAAAAGUCAACGUUUUCAUCUGAUUCUGUAGUUUCUAGAGAAGGGAGAGCAAGAAGUUCAACAUCUCAGCGUUACUUUAAUUUAUCAAAAAUAGAUGAAGAAACAAGAAAAGCUUACAAAACGUCAGGAAUAAAUGAGAGAAUGUUACAAUCUUUAUAUUUUCGAAAUUGUAAUGAACAACAUACUUUAUUAAUUACUCAAUAUAGAGAAAUGAAAAAAGAAUGGAAAGAAAAUAUUUAUUUGGCGAGAUCAAAAAUACAAGGAUUGGGGUUAUAUGCAAAAAGAGAUUUGGAUAUGAAUCAAAUGAUUAUUGAAUAUUUGGGGGAAAUGAUUAGAAAUGAGGUUUGUGAGAUGCGUCAAAAACGUUAUAUAGAACAAAAUAGAGGGGAAUAUAUGUUUAGAAUUGAUGUUGAUUGGGUUGUUGAUGCUACUAUGGCUGGUGGAUUAGCUCGUUAUAUAAAUCAUUCUUGUGAUCCAAAUUGUGGGACUAAAAUAUUAACAAUUAAUGAUGAAAGUAAAAUUGUUAUAUUUGCAAAUAGACCAAUUAAAGCGGGGGAAGAGUUGACAUAUGACUAUCAAUUUGAAAUUGAGGAAACAAACAAGAAAAUCCCUUGCUUAUGUAGUGCCCCAAAUUGUGCGCGUUGGAUGAAUUGA